GGGCGCCGGGAGCUGCGCCGCCCCGCUCGCCCCGCCGCCGGCCGCGCCAUGGACGCAGGAGUGGACACAAAAGGGGGUGCUGGCCCUGAGGGCCCUGAGGACCCCCCGAGACCCGAGCUCCCGCAGCUCCCGCGCCGCCCGCAGCUCCUGGAUGAAGACGGAGGGCCCAGUGAGGAAGCAGCCGGGGACGGGGGCAGCGCCCCAGCCCCGGCCGUCCCCCCGGCCGACUCCCAGGCCGCAGCCACCGCGGCGCCCCCCGCCCAGGCCCAGGCCCAGGCCACCGGCGAGGGUGAUGCGAGGCAGGGGCCCAAGGUGGCAGCCGGCGGCGUCCCCAACAUCGGCUUCGUGGGCGAGCCCCCGCCCUAUGCACCGCCCGACCCCAAGGCCGUGCAGCUGCUGUACCCGCCCUUCCCCCAGGGGCCGGUCCUCUUCCAGCCUGGACCCUCGCCCCAGGCCUUGUACCCGCCGCCCGCCACGCCGCUCUACCCUGCGCCCGCCCCCCCACAGCUGUUCGCGCCCUUCCCCAUGUACAACAGCCCCCUGGCCGGCGUGCCCGCGCCCGCCGCGGGGGAGCACAGGCCCCUGCCCAAGGACUACAUGAUGGAGUCCGUGCUGGUGACCCUCUUCUGCUGCCUGCUCACCGGGCUCCUCGCCAUCGUCUACUCCCACGAGACGCGCUCGGCCCUGAGCCGGGGAGACCUGGCCCAGGCGGAGGAGGCCUCCCGCAAGGCCCGCUCCCUCGUGCUGUUCAGCCUGCUCUUCGGGGUCUUCGUGUCCACCAGCUGGGUCAUCUACGUGCUGGUGGCCCUCUACCUCCCGUGAGGCGGGGCUGCUCCAGGGGCGACAGGAGGCCGGACCCCGCCCUGGCCAGACUCCUGU